CCAGCCAGACACACCUUCAGUACCCUUGGCGCGGCUGUAUCAUAACGUCCAAGAUCGAGAAUCCACCACGCCCUGUACGCAGCUCUGACGUGGUUUGCCAACAGAGCAAUUAGAGACAGCCCUUCCAUCCUAAAUCCAGUAUCUCUGCACGUUCUCCCGACAGCUAAAAAUCAUGUCGUCGACCUCCCCCUCGAAGGAACCGGAGGUGGAACCGGAAGUUCAAUCGGGUGAAGACCAGGAACAAAUGGACAAAGACCAACAAGACUCCCAGGCGCAAGGUCAGGGAGAGUUCGAAGUAAAGGAGCAGGACAGAUGGCUACCAAUUGCAAAUGUGGCUCGCAUCAUGAAACUAGCUCUACCUGAGAAUGCGAAGAUCGCGAAGGAGGCCAAGGAGUGUAUGCAGGAAUGUGUGAGCGAAUUCAUCUCGUUCAUCACCAGUGAAGCUUCCGACAAAUGUCAGCAGGAAAAGCGUAAAACAGUCAACGGAGAGGAUAUCCUUUUCGCCAUGACCUCACUCGGUUUCGAAAACUACGCAGAGGCACUUAAGAUCUACUUAUCGAAAUACCGCGAGACCCAAUCCGCGAGAGGAGAGCAUCAGAACCGUCCGACAAGCAGUGGGUACAACGCCGGCGGCCCCGUUGGAGGUCCUCCCGGCGCCGGUCCAUCCGGACGGCCAGUUGCACCGACGGGUCCGGGGGGCUUCCCUGAUACCACGGAUGCUGCCAAUAACAUCAUCAACCCAAGCUUGGACCCCUCUGAGCAGGAUGCUUCCGCCUACGGCUAUCCUCCCAUGGUCGGCCAAGCCCACAACGGCACUGGCGGUGAUUCCUACUAGAGCCAUCAACCAUAUCCCCACGGAUGAUCUACACACUGUGUCCCAAAAUGCACAAAGGAAUCCAAGACUGGUUUCACCGUGUAUCCAGCCCCUGAGGGCUCACAGUAACAUACACGGUUCCUUACUACAAACGUUUCAAACUACACUUCCGGUCCUUACUCCCUUGACAACAUAACGUCUCCCCAGGUGGUGCGGCACGAGCAUUAUGGGGAUUUGCUUACUCACGGAACUUGUGACGGACGGAAACUGGGUGAGAUU